AUGAUCAUGAAGCGCAACAGACUCGUCAUCGUGCAGUCAACUUCCGAACCACACCAAUGGCGGGUUGUGCCCGUCUGUGGCAACCUCUGUUGCGUCUGUCCUUCUCUGCGGGCAAGCUCUAGACAACCGGUGAAACGAUACAAGAAGUUGCUAGCUGAUAUUUUCCCACGCAAUCAGGAGGCUGAACUUAAUGAUAGAAAAAUUGGAAAACUAUGUGACUAUGCUUCUAAGAACCCACUGAGAAUUCCCAAGAUUACUGAUUACUUGGAGCAAAUAUGUUACAAGGAUUUGCGUUAUGAAACCUUUGGCUCAGUGAAAGUUGUCUUGUGCAUAUACAGAAAAUUCUUAUCGUCAUGUAAGGAGCAGAUGCCACUUUUUGCUGGUAGUUUGUUAGAGAUUAUUCGGACACUCCUGGAACAAACCCGAACAGAUGAAAUCAGGAUCUUAGGCUGCAACAUUCUUUUUGAUUUUCUAGAUUGCCAGUUCAUGAAGGCAGUAAAAAUGGAUGCCACUGGUGCUCAAAAUAUCACCGUGCCUUGUGGGACAGAUGGUACAUACAUGUUCAACUUAGAGGGUUUUAUUCCUAAACUAUGUCAAUUGGCUCAAGAAGUGGGGCAAGAUGAACGAGCUCUGCGGCUACGAUCAGCUGGACUGCAAGCUCUAUCCUAUAUGGUGCGUUUCAUGGGUGAGCACUCACAUCUUUCCAUGGUUUUGGAUGAAGUGAUGACUUUGGAGAAUUACGUGAGUCUCCAAUCUUACUCCAAAUCUCCCUUGGAAGAUAAGCUGACUUCAGAGUCCCUGGACCCUCUAGUACAGGGAUUUCCUAAAGUAGAAGAACCUUUAACAGAUAUCACGAAGAAGGACCCUUUGUUGCUGAAAGCUGUGACUGGAAGUGAGAUGGACUUUGUGUUGGAUGCUGCUAAAGAUCCUACAUAUUGGUCAAAGGUCUGCUUGUAUAAUAUGGUCAAAUUAGCAAAGGAAGCUACAACUUUACGGCGUGUUCUUGAACCACUUUUUCAUUAUUUUGAUUCUGAAAAUCAAUGGUCUUCUGACAAAGGAGUUGCUGUUCAUGUUUUGAUGUACUUACAGUCUCUUUUAGCAGACUCAGGAGAUAACUCCUGCCUUCUGUUGUCCAUUUUGGUCAAGCACUUGGAUCAUAAAAAUGUUACUAAGCAGCCUAUCCUUCAGAUUAAUAUUAUUAACACGACAACAAAACUUGCACAAAAUGUGAAGCAACAGGCUUCAGUUGCAAUACUUGGUGCAAUAUCUGACCUCAUUAAACAUUUAAGGAAGUCUCUGCAAAAUUCAGCUGAAGCUUCCAUCUUAGGAAAUGAUGAGUUUAAGUUAAAUACUGAACUUCAAUAUGCCUUGGAGAUGUGUAUAUUACAUCUUUCCAACAAGGUUGGAGAUGUAGGACCUAUUCUUGAUUUGAUGGCUGUGGUGUUAGAGAAUAUCUCAACUACAACCACCAUAGCAAGAACAACAAUCUCUUCUGUUUAUCAAACUGCUAAACUAAUCACGUCCAUCCCUAAUGCUUUCCCUGAUGCUUUGUUUCAUCAACUGCUCCUGGCAAUGGCUCAUCCUGACCAUGAAACACGAGUUGGAGCACACAGCAUCUUUUCUAUAGUGCUUAUGCCAUCACCAUUUCCUCCCCAGUUAGACCCAAAAACAAAGAUGUCUGAGAAGGAAUUAAACGAAAGCUUCUCCAUUCAGCAUGAAAGCCUUUUUGGGGCAGAGCAGAUGAAUGGGAAACCUACGGAAGGAAAGGCAGUAGUUGGUGUCAUAGGGAAAUAUGCAGUUCAUCCAUAUCAUAGUCACGUCUUUUGCGGUGCUCUAACUGAUGGAAAACAUGAGAUAAGUUCUUUUCGGUUAAGCAGUCACCAAGUGAGUCUCUUGCUUUCUUCAAUCUGGAUUCAGGCAACAUCUAUGGACAGUGGCCCCGCAAAUUUUGAGGCAAUGGCUCACACUUAUGGCAUUGCUUUAUUGUUCACUCGUUCAAAGACAUCCAGUUACAUGGCUUUAGUAAGAUGUUUCCAACUGGCAUUUUCCCUCAUGAGCAUCGCUCUGGAUCAAGAAGGAGGUUUACAACCAUCUCGCCGGAGGUCUCUUUUCACUUUGGCAUCAUACAUGCUUAUAUUCUCAGCCAGGGCAGGGAAUUUCCCUGAGUUAAUUCCAAAAGUUAAAGCAUCCCUGACGAAGACAACUGUAGAUCCUUUUCUUAAGUUGGUCGAUGAUGUCAGGCUACAUGCUGUCUAUUUAGAAUCAGAGAAUUUAAUUUAUGGAUCCCAGGAAGAUGAUGUUUCAGCUAUGAAGACACUGUCAGCAGUGAAAUUGGAUGAUAACGAAUUGAAAGAGACUGUAAUAUCAUGCUUCCUGACUAAAUUUUCAAAAUUAUCAGAGGACGAAUUGCCAGCCAUAAAGAAGCAACUUGUGCAGGGGUUUUCCCCUGAUGAUGCGUAUCCACUGGGACCUCCAUUGUUUAUGGAGACACCUGGGCAGUCUUCUCCACUUGCUCAGAUUGAGUUCCCAGAUUUUGAUGAGAUCGUGGCUCCGGUAGCUUUGAUAGAUGAAGAGACCCGGCCCCAACUGAGCGGAAGUCAAUCAGAUCGUAAAUCAUCACUAUCUAGCAAUAGUCCAGACAUUCUAAGUGUUAAUCAACUCUUACAAUCGGUAUUGGAAACUGCACGACAAGUGGCAAGUUUCCCCACUGCAUCAACUCCUGUGCCUUAUGACCAAAUGAAGAACCAGUGUGAGGCACUUGUAACAGGGAAACAAAAGAAGAUGUCGGUUCUUCAGAGUUUCAAGCACCAGCAGGGGUCUAGGGCAAUAGUUCUUUCAAGUGAAAACCCUUUGCCAAUUAAGACAUUGGAGUAUUCAGAAGGUGAUCUGAAGUUGGUGAGUCAGGAGCAAUUUCAAACACAGUAUCAAGUUCGCCUUUGUUCAUAUGACUUUGGACAGCAACAUUCUUUGAAAUUACCGCCUGCAAGCCCCUUCGAUAAAUUCUUGAAAGCUGCUGGAUGCUAA